UUUUGCGUGUAGUUCCGUGUAUCAUCGAUUCCCUAUUAACUAUUGGUAAAUGAUGACCCUAUCACUGUCUUCCUUUCCUCGUAGUACUAUGCAUGGCGAAUGGGCUGGGUAUUUGAAGCUGGCUCAGCUGCUGAUAUCCUCGGAAGAAUACCCAGGAUUAACUGGGCGAAUAAUUAUCGGCGGAGCGAUUACUGUAUGCGCUGGGAGUUUGAUCGCACUCGGCAUAUCUCGUUACAAAAGAAACCAACACAAGAAGUCCAUGGGGACAGUUGUAGACCCGCGACCAACACUUGCGCUCGGUGGUAGCGGCCUCCGUAUAGGGUAUAUGCUGGGAACAGUAGCAGCCCUGCGAGACUUUGUAGACAUCAGUACGCUGCGGGUCACUGCAGUAUCUGGUUCGGCUCUAGGAGCCUUGCUACUCUGCGCACCUGAGUUGGAUGUUGUUUCUGUGGCGUUGGCUAUUUUUCGGUGCCGGGCUAGCGUCCUGAGCGGAGGUAUCAGAAACUGCUAUAUGAUGGACCUCUCAAAGAUGACGCAUUUGUUGGUGAACGAGUUGAAAGUUUCCGCUAAGCUCACCGAGGAUAUGUUGCAACAACUAAGUCGAAAUAAGCAGUUGUUCUUCGGUAUCACAUCCUUUCGUCCGUGGCCCACUGCUGUGUGUGUGGAGUGCCCACCAACUUUUGAAGAGCUCCAUCGAGUUCUCGGUGCUGUUGUCAGCAUACCCCCGUUUUUCAUCGAGACAGUCGAAGUGGAUGGCUAUCCAUCAGCAGAUGGAUUCUUCUCGCAUUGUUAUUCUGUGCCCGAUGAUCAUGACCCGAACAAAGUCAUACGCUACUGCCCAUUUCCCGCUGUGUGGUUGAACUUCCGUCCACCAUUUCGAGAUCUGCUGUGUAGCCUUGCUGAAUGCCUAUAUCCUUUCGAGUUGACGCGACAGAUCGCGUCCUUUCAGGAUGGGUACGCUUUAGCUGUAAAAUUUAUUAACAGUGGAUGCCAGGAAAGCAAAUUGUUGAAAAUAAAGGAAAAUCCUGUGAACAGACUCUCAGAGUAUGUAGAGGGCUUACGCAGCCUGGAGCUCCAUGUCUGAAGACUUGUGUAACAUAGUUGGAGUCGCUACUGUGCUCCUUGCUGACAAGACUGAUCAUGCCAUCGUCCUCAUGGCCCUCAUGGUUUGGCCUUAUUCAUAGCCAUUCAUGUAGACCCUUGGAGUGGCAAUGCUUAUGAGUUUUUUCUACUGAUUUAAGUGCUUUCAGAGCACGUGGUAUCGACUUGUAUAUACCCCAUAGAGUGCGAUGCAGACUAUUCCCGAUAGGUUAUCCCAAUAGAGAUCAUCUCAUAUUGCUUUUCAGAUUUGUUGCAGCAGCACUUUUG